AUGCUGCUGCUUUUUGUUGUUGUUGCUUUGUUUUUGUUUGAAUUGCUGCAAGGGAGGGGAAGAACAAAAAAAAAAAAGAAAAAAAAAAGGGAACGCCAUAAUCACCGACAACAACGCAAAACAGGAAAAAGAAAAUUACCAUACAUAGGUAAAAGGGGGAUGAACAAUAUUGCCAACUUGCUUCGGGCUCAGACGGGAGGAGGGAAUGCACGCGCAGUCCCGACGGAGGAUUUGCGCGACACGGCCGAAACGGUUCAGAUCUCCUCCCUUGCGCUGCUAAAGAUGCUUCUGCACGGCCGGGCGGGGGUGCCACUGGAGGUUAUGGGCCUUAUGAUAGGCGAGCAGGUUGACAACUACACAAUCCGCGUGACGGAUGUAUUUUCUAUGCCCCAAACGGCGACUGGCCAGUCCGUCGAGGCGGUGGACCCAGAGUACCAGGUACACAUGCUAGACAAACUCUCUGUUGUAGGCCGUUCUGAGAAGGUCGUCGGGUGGUACCACAGUCACCCCGGCUUUGGUUGCUGGCUUUCUGGGGAGGAUGUAAUGACGGCAGGCAACUAUGAACAAUUGACCCCACGGAGUGUUUCUGUCGUGAUUGAUCCCAUUCAGUCGGUCCGUGGAAAAGUCGUAAUUGAUGCCUUUCGCACCACCAAAGAUGCGCUUAUGGGAGGAAGAAACAUGUACGAAGAGCCGCGCCAAACCACAAGCAACCUCGGCUGGCUGACACGACCGUCACCCGUUGCGUUGACCCGUGGUCUUGACCGUGAUUACUAUAGCCUUGCCAUCACAUUCCGAAAGAAGAAUCAUGAAUUGGCGUUGCUGUUGAACGUCUACAAAAAGGGUUGGCAAGAAGGUUUCCGUCUUGAAAACAUGGAGAAAUUUGACCGACAGACGAUACGGGAAAAAAUCCGUACAUUGGCAUCGCUCGCAGGGCAGUCGGAGCGUUUUAUUGCCCAAGGCCUUGACGAGGACGAUAUAGGAAACAUUGGUCGCACGAAUCCCAUUCUCCACCUACAGAUGGAAGCCGAGGGGCUAAUCAAUGCCAAUUUGAAUCAGUCUAUUGGAGCCAUGAUCAAUGGUGUUGCCUUUUAG